UGGAGUGUUCACAUCAUAAGGUCAGCACAUCCCCCAUUUGCUCCUUGUGUGUUCCUGUUUAGAGCUUGCUUUCGUUGAGACUUGGCGUUCGCACUACAUUCAUAAUGGAAAACAGAAAGGAGAUGGUAAUGUUCAUGGAGGGAGGUCAACUUGGCACGCUAGUUGGCAAGAUAGGGCCCAAUUUGUCAGAAGCAGUUGGAAGCCCAGUUCAAGAGCCACGGGAGAAAAUGGUCCACAGAAACGGUUUAAGCACCAGGUCUGUGCCGUUAUCACGAGAAAGAGGGGAUGAAGAGCUGGAGGAUGUGAGGAGCGGUGCACGCACUGAUAUCAGGCCGGGUAGAGUUCUUUCUGCAACGGACAAACCUCAGUCAGACCUACUUUCUAACAAAGGACAUCACAGCAGCUCAGACACCGAGUCUGAUUUUUAUGAAGAAAUAGAUGUCAGCUGCACCCCGAACUGCACAUCAGGAAAUAUGGAUUAUGCAAACAGCAAAGGUCAGUCCGGGGACUCCCUGAGUAACCAUGGAAGCGGUGUUGAUGCCGGGAUGAGCAGUUCUCAGAGCUCUGCGGCCUGCGCAGCCGAUCGCCGCUACAGGACAGCUUUCACUCGGGAACAAAUCGGCCGGCUGGAAAAGGAAUUCUACCGAGAGAAUUAUGUGUCCAGACCAAGGAGGUGUGAACUAGCAUCUGCUUUAAAUCUCCCAGAAACAACUAUUAAGGUGUGGUUCCAGAAUCGUAGAAUGAAAGACAAGAGGCAGCGUUUGGCUCUGACCUGGCCUCACCCUGCGGAUCCUGCCUUCUACACCUACAUGAUGAGCCAUGCAGCGGCCACCGGGAACUUGCCUUAUCCUUUUCCUUCCCACCUGCCCCUUCCGUAUUAUUCACACAUGGCUAUGGGUGCCAGCGCAGCUUCAGCAACUCCUUUCAGCACCCCUCUGAGACCAUUAGAUACCUUCAGGGUCCUGUCUCACCCUUACCCAAGACCAGAGCUGCUGUGUGCAUUCAGACACCCUUCUCUGUACCCUUCAUCUGCACACGGACUCAGCGGCGCUGGGGGAAGCCCGUGUUCCUGCCUAGCCUGUCAUUCUGGCCAGUCUAACGGCUUGUCUCAGAGGUCUUCGGGAGCAGACUUCACCUGUUCAUCCACCAGUAGGACUGAUAGCUUUUUGACCUUUACGCCGUCUGUGCUAAGCAAAACCUCCGCAGUGUCCCUGGACCAGAGAGAAGAAGUACCUUUAACUAGAUAAAACUCAGGUCUUCUAAUUAAAUGACGUGUAUCGAUGUAAAAAAAAGAAGUUUAAUUUAUUUUACAUGACUUGUCAUGCCCACAUUUCAAGAAGGAACCAUUACUAAAAAUAAGAGUAUCCCUGCUGCUUAGAGGAAUGUACGAACAAAAAUAUCCGUAAAAGAAUAACUCAACUCAGGCUUGAAAACUGUGUCGCACCUGCAAGAAGGAUUUCCUUGUAAGCAAAUGCUUAAAAAAAUUAUUUAGCUACAAUGAUGCUAAACCACAGAAAGCAUUAUUAACCGUACAUACAAUCUGAUAUAUAUAUAUGUGUGUGUGUGUGUGUGUGUGUGUGUGUGUGUGUGUGUGUGUGUGUGUGUGUGUUUGUGUGUGUGUGUGUGUGUGUGUGAUGUCAUAUAUAGAUAUGUGCCCCAUAAGCAGUAUAACAUGAAAGCUUGAAAACAUAAUGUCAAAAAAAGCAACAAAAACUGUCUUUACAAAGAAGAAUCACGAACUUUUACCGACACGAUGGAUGGUGUAAUUACACAAUAUGGUUAAAGCUUUAUUAUUAUUAUUUGUAGUAUCAUUCUCUGUCAAGACUUUGUAGGUUUCCUGCGUUAUAAGACUGUUAAACCAUAUGGAUUAUAAUUAUUUGUCCUCUGAAGUUGAUGUCCUGGUGUAACAAGCUGAAUUGUGCAGAUGCUCUGGAAAUUAGCAAGUGAUAUUAUGUAAGAAGGAAUUUUGAAUGUUGAAUUCAUGAUCAUACUAUGAGCGCAGAGACUUGCUGCCAAACGUUAACAAGCCGUCUUGGGAACGGAUUAGGUGAUGGGGAGCAGAAUAACUCCAUUGGACAAUCACAUUCUACAAAUUAGGGCAGAGACUACCUCCCUGCCUUUAUUCUGUCUCUUUUUAUUCAGAUUGACUUUGUUAUGAUAUUCAACAUUAUAUCUUCCUUUAUACGUUUUUCUAAUUAUCAUUAGGAUUGCAUCGGCUCUAAGGCGAUACUUUACAAAUUAAUGUUAGAUUGUAUUAUAAUAUUUAUUUCUUUCAUUUUCACUUAUUUUGUCUAAUUUUUUUCUUUUGGAUAUUUUGCACUGUUGAAAUUACAUGACAUUUUAUAACAACUGACUUGGCUGUGAUGUGUGAGUGUGUGUUUGGGGUGAACAGGUACCAAACGCAUUGGUUACGACGUAAAAAAAAAUGUGCUUCAAAACAAUGUUUAUUGUCAUAGAAUUGUUAAAAUGUUAUCAUUUUGCAAUAAACAGCAUUAUGA